AUGCCAUCAUCUCCUAAAAAACAUGCACUCGUCUUUGGUGCGACUGGUCUCAUCGGCUGGGGAAUCGUCAAUGAACUUCUCUCGAGCUUCACUCAGCCCAGUGUUUUCUCAAUGAUUACUGCAGUAGCAAAUCGCCCACUUUCUGCGAUUGACAGCCAUUGGCCAGAAAGGUCCCCACAAAUGCCAGAGCUACAACUCGUCACAGGAAUCAAUUUGUUGGAUGGGACAUCGGAGGAUUUAGCCACACAGCUCAAGGAUUGUGUGAGGGCUGUUGAUAGCAUCACGCAUGUUUUCUAUACUGUCUUCGUUCCAAUCAACGAGGACCAUAUCAAGGAAGCCGAAACAAAUUCCGCUAUCAUGCGACGGGUCGCCGAAGCUGUCAACAGCCUCUGUCAAAACCUGGAGUCUUUUAUAUAUAUGGGUGGAACCAGGGGCUACGGUAUCUACCUUCCAAGCAGUAGCUUCGCAGCACCACUCGAGGAAAGCAUGGCAGAUGACUUGUCUCCCGACUAUGCCAAAACAGUCGCAUACCCGGGAUACAGACGUGUUCUUACAGACGCAAGCAAAGAUCGGAGUUGGAAGUGGUCUGAAAUAUGUCCGGAUGCUGUUGUUGGCUUCAGUCCAAUCGGGUCCAAUUUCUCACUCGCCUUGCACUGGGCUCAAUAUCUUUCGUUGUACGGGUACAAUCAUGGCAUACGUGAGCCAGCCGAUUAUGGUAAGGUUAAAAUUGCCUUUCCCGGGUCUAAGGGCGGGUACAAUGCAUUGUUCACGCCUGUCUCGACACAGAGUUUAGGUCGCAUCUCGAUUCAUGCUUCUCUCAAUUCUGAUAGAUGUGGCGGGAGGAUCCUAAAUGCAGUUGAUCACGGUAGUCCAACUACAUUUCGUGAACUGUGGCCAAAGAUCACUGGAUGGUUUGGUCUUCAGGGUGUUGGUCCUGCUGAUGAAUGCCAACUCAAACCAAGCGAGUACAUAGAUAGAUACAGGUCGCUGUUUGAAGACAAUGGAAAACCGAAAGCAAUCAGCGCUGGAGUUGGUGUGGGGAAUAGACAGCUCGAUAGUGUCGGCUGGUGGUUGGAAUUCGAUCGGCAAUUGAGCCCGGACAGGCUGAGAGCGUCAGGCUUCGAGGAGGAAAGCGAUCCUAUUCAGGGUUGGCUAGAGGCUUUUGAAAAAUUCAGAGCAGCUGGCAUCAUUUUCUAG